CUCCAGGUAGAUAAUGUAACUAAGCUCCGUUCUAAGAAUAUCUAACUUACCAACACCCACAUUGUACAAAUUGGAAACACGCUUAAACCAAAGCGUUACGUGUUUCAUUGUUAGCAAUCAUGGUUUUUAAAACAUCAGCAGCACGAUCUCUUAUAUUUCGUGUCAAACAUGCCGGCGUUCAAGGAAGUGUUCGGGCUCCGAUAUAUAUGGCAUUAAGCCGACGCUUUUACGCUUCCAGCCCAUCCAAGAAUAGCGAGUACGACUUGUGUGUUAUUGGAGGUGGUCCAGGUGGUUAUGUUGCUGCCAUCCGUGGGUCUCAACUCGGAUUAAAGACUGUUUGUGUUGAGAAGCGUGGUUCAUUGGGCGGUACUUGCUUAAACGUAGGAUGUAUCCCUUCUAAGGCCAUGUUAAACAACUCUCAUAUCUACCAUACAAUUACUCACGAUACGAAGCACCGUGGUAUCGAAGUUUCAGAUGCUAAGGUUAACAUUGGUCAAAUGUUGAAGGCUAAGGAUGACUCAGUAAAGUCUCUUACUUCGGGUAUUGAGUUUUUGUUUAAGAAAAAUAAGGUUGAAUAUGCCAAGGGUACCGGUUCUUUUGAAGAUCCCAAUACUCUUUCAGUAAAGGGUAUCCAAGGCGCCCCCGACCGCCAAAUUAAAGCCAAGAACUUCAUCAUUGCUACCGGUAGUGAAGUAAAAGCAUUCCCUGGUAUUACAAUUGACGAAAAGAGAAUUGUUUCUUCUACAGGAGCUUUGUCUUUGCCUGAAGUCCCUAAGAAAAUGGCUGUUUUAGGUGGUGGUAUCAUCGGCUUGGAAAUGGGAAGCGUUUGGUCUCGAUUGGGAGCAGAUGUUACUGUUAUUGAAUUCAUGCCAUCUGUUGGUGGUGUUAUGGACACAGACAUUUCUAAAGCAUUCUCUCGUAUCAUUGGCAAGCAAGGCCUUAAGUUCAAGACCUCCACCAAGAUGCUCAGUGCUAAAGACAAUGGUAAGGCCGUGGAGAUGGAAAUUGAAGAUAUGAAGAAGAACAAGCGCGAGAAGUUGGAAGCAGAUGUCUUGUUGGUUGCUAUUGGCCGUACCCCUUAUACUGAAGGUCUCGGUUUAGAAAAGAUUGGUGUCGAAUUGGAUAAGGCCAACCGUGUUAUCAUGGACAGCGAAUACCGCACCAAGCAUCCCCAUAUUCGUGUCAUUGGUGAUGCCACUUUUGGACCCAUGUUGGCUCAUAAGGCUGAAGACGAGGGUAUUGCUGCCGCUGAAUUUAUUGCUAAAGGCCAGGGACAUGUCAACUACAAUGCUAUUCCAGCCGUAAUGUACACUCACCCCGAGGUUGCCUGGGUUGGUAUGAGUGAGCAACAAGCCAAGGAAUCUGGUUUGAAAUACAAGGUCGGUACCUUCCCUUUCAUGGCCAACUCCCGUGCCAAGACAAACAUGGAUGCCGAAGGUUUGGUUAAGGUCAUUGCUGAUGCGGAAACUGACCGCCUCUUGGGCUGCCACAUCGUCGGCCCAAUGGCUGGUGAACUUAUUGGUGAAGCUACUCUCGCCAUCGAAUAUGGUGCUAGUGCUGAAGAUGUUGCUCGUGUUUGCCAUGCCCACCCUACCUUAUCUGAAGCUGUAAAGGAGGGCAUGAUGGCUGCUUGGAGCGGUAAAAGUAUUCAUUUUUAAGCGACUCUUCACUUAGCAAUUUACGAAAGAAGGUUCUUUUAAACCAUAUCAGCAUGAAAAGGUUUCAUAGGACUCUUGUUAAAUGAGUUCUUGUUCGAAACUUAAGAUUUAUAUGUUGUACUCUUCAAUGAUUUUCUUGAAUACGAAUUAUAUUAGUCUCCCUCCACUUUUUCAAUACAGCAAAUUUUUGUCAACGUAUAUAGGAGGGUCUAAGUUACGUCUAUUGUAUUUUGUAUUUUGAUUUUAUUCACCGUAUUGACCAGUAGCUUUCACUAGUUUAA